CUUUAAAAUGUUAUAUAUAGGACGUGUUUUAAAGACUUUAUCAUUAAACUCAAUUAAAUUCAAAAUGUCCAACACUCCCAUUACCAAGAAAGACGCUUCCAAUAUCCAAUCCAUGGCUGCCCAUGAAGGUCAAGAUACUGGCAAGGGUUCCACCGCUGCUGCUGCUCAAAGUUUUGGCGAUAAGAACUUCGAAGCUGCCAAGGAAGCUACUAGCAAAGGCUUUAGUACCCAAUCUAAUUACGAUGAAGAUACUACCAAGCCAGAUACUCCUAUGAAGAACUAAGAAUCUUAAAAAGCAAUCAUUUGCGUGUAGAUAUUAAAACAAUAAACUUGUGUAUAUUCAUUAUGUUUUAACAAACA